UCAUUUUUAUCUCUCGCUUGUAAUAAAGUUUUUCCGUGUGUGUGUGUAGCUGAAGAUGGCGGCUAGCUCGGAGCGCAGUCCUCCGCCUUUCCCGGACUUAGAGGAGCCCGAGCUGCUGGAGGACCGCGACGAGGGCGCGGAUGCGUGUCAUCGACGCUCAACGGGCACGUCAAUUUCUGAGAUGGAUUCUCCGUCACCGGACACAAGCAGACCUCCUAAAGACAUCUUCAACGAGCCACCAGAAGACAUCUUCAGCGACCCUCUCAGCAACAUUAACUCUGAACCCCAGAAGAAAGUAGAUGCCAAGAUCUCUUCUCCUAGUAGCGAUGAGGCCGUCGACCUGUUCAGCGAGCCGCUGGACGAUGAUAGCGAAGUAAUGAGUUCACCUGAGGUCCAGAAUCCCAUGCCAGAUCUCUUGAGCGAGCCAAAGUCUGGUGUCCUCGGUGAACCACCUGUGCAGAAAAACGCAGCCCGACAGCAGGAUGUUUUUGAAGAGCCUCCGAAGGGCAGCAGCAAAAGCUCUUCCGUCAAGAAGGCAGCGAGUGCCGAGAUGCUCGGUGACGACGAUGAGGAGGAGGAUCUGUUUAAGGAGCCGCCAAAAGUUGUGACGAGGAAGCCUCAGCCCUCGGGGCCACCUGUUGAUGUUUUCACAGAGGUGAAAUCAGACGUGAAGGUCAAGCCACAGGUUAAAGACGACCCCACGGAUCUGUUCUCUGAGGAAGCUUUGACUGCACCUGCCCCCAAACCCUCCGCAAACAGCAGCAGCAGCUCCAGGACCAACGGGGUUCACUCUGAGGAGCAGGAUCUCUUCUCAGAAGCUACAGUGGAGUUGUCUCUGGACAGUCCUCGUAAUGACCGCAAGAAAGACGCUGUGAAACCAUCAGUAUCGGCUCCUGCCGCCCCUGAAGCCAGCAGCUCCAGCAAAGCGCCGUCCAAAACCCUGGAGGAGCUUGAGGAAGAGGAAAGUGAGGACAAGUUUGAUCUGAACAUUUCUGUCACGAAUCCAGAGAAAGUCGGUGAUGGUAUGAAUGCUUAUAUGGCCUACAAAGUUUCAACACAGACGUCUUUAACCAUGUUCCGUAGCAAGACGUUUACCGUCCGCAGACGUUUCAGUGAUUUCCUGGGAUUGUUCGAAAAGCUCUCGGAGAAACACUCACAGAAUGGAUACAUCAUACCUCCACCGCCAGAGAAGAGCAUUCUGGGUAUGACAAAAGUCAAAGUCGGGAAGGAGGACCCAUCGUCAGCAGAGUUUGUGGAGCGGAGGAGAGCUGCUCUUGAGAGGUAUCUUCAGAGGGUUGUGUGUCACCCGUCUCUACUGCAGGACCCUGAUGUGAGAGAGUUUUUGGAGAAAGAGGAGUUACCCAGAGCGGUCAGCACACAGGCUCUGAGUGGAGCUGGCUUCCUUAAAAUGCUGAACAAAGCCACGGAUGCUGUGAGUAAGAUGACCAUCAAGAUGAACGAACAAGAUGUGUGGUUUGAUGAGAAGAUCCAGGAUGUAGAAAAUGAAGAGCAGCAUUUGCGGAAACUUCACGUCAUGGUGGAAUCACUUGUCAAUCACAGGAAAGAGUUGUCUGGGAACACGGCUGUGUUUGCGAAGAGCGUGGCGAUGUUGGGCAGCUCGGAGGACAACACGGCUCUGUCGCGAGCUCUCUCUCAGCUGGCCGAGGUGGAAGAUCGAAUCGAGCAGCUCCAUCAGGAACAGGCCUCCAACGACUUCUUCACCUUCUCAGAGCUGCUGGCCGAUUAUAUACGUCUGUUGGGAGCCGUCAGGGGGUGUUUUGAUCAGAGAAUGAAAGCGUGGCAGCGCUGGCAGGACGCUGAGAACAUGCUGCAGAAGAAAAGAGAGACCGAGGCCAAGCUCCUGUGGGCCAACAAACCUGACAAACUCCAGCAGGCCAAGGAUGAGAUCGCUGAGUGGGAAGCAAAAGUCACGCAGUACGAGAGAGACUUUGAGAGAAUCUCAGCCACCGUACGGAAAGAAGUCAUCCGAUUUGAUAAAGAGAAAGCUCGAGAUUUUAAGAGACAAAUCAUCAAAUAUCUGGAGUCAGUGCUGCACUCACAACAACAGAUGAUAAAAUACUGGGAGGCGUUUCUGCCAGAGGCGAAAGCGAUCGCGUGAGGCGGCGUCCGCGCGCAAACACAAACUCACCGAUAACUGAGGCCUUUCCACACUCUUUACCUCUCGCCUAUAAACCAAGAGAAAUGGCGCUGCAAAGGGAAAUCAUCUGUCCGGCCGCUUGUUACUCUGAUUGAGUUAGUAACUUGUAUAUUUUCUGUGUAAUCGUCACCUUUAUUUUCUUACUUUGCAUCUUUAUUGUUUUGGGGAUGUGAGUGCAUGUGGUGGCUGGGUGUCUUCCUCCUCUGUAUGCAACCAGACCUGUUUCACUUGGAUUUGUUAUUCGUCAGUAAUGAUGUCAAUGGUUUACACUAAAGGGGGCUCGCCGCUCAUUCAUAUACUCUCGCUGUAAGAAACUUCCCAUCAGGCUACCUGUGUGACCUGUCAAGGAGUUUGAACUAAUUAAGUAUGGUUUUCAGAGACAAAUAGUGACCGAGUUUGUUUUAGACAUCCAGAGUAUUGGUCUAUACACUUUUAAACACCAUGAUGACAUUGUAUUUUGCAGUAAAAGAGGUUGUAAUACAGUUAUUAGGGACUAUUGAAAUAAAAUGACUGAGGAACUGUAUCUCAACACUCCACACAGCGAUUUUUCUUUUUUGUUUUUUUUUACUGGCUUGUUGUUUUUUAUUCAAAGGAUCGUUUUAAGUCUUUCAUAGAUUUCGGAUCAUGUUUCUGUGUUUAGCAUUUAAAAACGCACUCCUGGUGUGUUUUAUAUCAAUAUCAGCGCUCUUUCACCUGAUCAGACAGGAAGCCCAAAGCAUUUCAGUCUUAAAGUUGGUUUUCUUUGUUCAUUAUUUCAUUCCUUUUCUCUUCAUUUACUCCAUUUUACGUUUUCAUUCGUAGACAUUUAUGCCAAUAUGUUAUUAUUUUGUGUCAAACCAUAUUUGUUAUCCACUCAAAUCUGGCAUGUUAUAAUAAUUAAUAAACUUUUGCUACGCUACUAAUAAUGAUUAAAUUGUUUCUACAUCAGAUUUUGUUUUGUUUUUUUAAUACAGAUUUUGCUGCUGUCAGAGUUUGUUAGGCUGUUAGAUUCAUUGUCAUUCAUAACGUUUUGUUUGUUUGUUUGCUUCAUUAAUGAUAUUUUGGGCCCUGCUGUAAUGACGCUUUGAACAGACAUGACCAGGUUCAACUUCACCAUUAGGUGCCAUAAUAAUCAAACGUUUGUUUAUUAGGAAAAUGGGGGCAGAUAUUUUUUUCACUAUGGACACUUCUUUUGAGCAAAACAAUAAAGAUUUAAUUACAAAUAUCAA